AUGGCUGACUCAAAUUCAGAGUCGGUUCAACUGUUGACUGGCAUCUCCGGCUGUACGGAUGAUGAGGCGCGCAGAUGGUUGAAGGUCAAAAACAACGACGCCGACGCUGCUCUGAACGCCAUAUUAGACAACGAAGAUCUUUCCAAAGCCGAGGUAUGUUGUUCGGAUCUUCCUCCCUGUGUGCCAAAGACUGUCACAUCGUGGCUGUAG